AUAUUAUUUUAUUACGAUUACCUUUUUUCUCAUAUUCAUAUUUAUAGAAAUUCGUAUUACAUUUUAAUCUUUAAGCUGUUCCUUUUACUUCCGCUUUAUAUGACUUUUGAGUUUUGAGAAAGCGGAUGUGGUUGGUCCGCCAUAUCAUUCGUGAGGGUCUGUGCUUGUGUGGUUUGGGUGUAUUGCCGGUGCCAACCAUUAAUUUUAAUUAGUAAUAAGUUAUGCGUAUGAAUCCAGACAUGGACGAUGACGAGAAGGGAAAACUGUUUGUUGGCGGCUUAUCAUGGGAAACGUCUCAAGAAAACCUGCAGCGAUACUUCUCUCGCUACGGCGAUGUGAUAGACUGUGUGGUGAUGAAGAAUAGUGAGUCAGGUCGGUCCAGGGGAUUUGGCUUUGUCACCUUUGCUGAGCCAUCACUGGUCAAUGUUGUGCUGCAGAAUGGACCACAUACUCUGGAUGGCAGAACUAUUGAUCCAAAACCAUGCAAUCCACGCACUCUGCAAAAGCCCAAACGGGGAGGUGGUUACCCGAAGGUUUUUCUUGGCGGACUCCCAUCGAACAUCACCGAAACUGAUCUGCGGGUGUUUUUCGGCCGAUAUGGAAAAGUUAUGGAAGUUGUCAUUAUGUACGACCAGGAGAAGAAGAAGUCUAGAGGGUUUGGAUUUUUGUCAUUCGAAGAUGAGAUCUCCGUGGAAAGGGUGACCCAAGAGCACUUCAUCAACCUUAAUGGUAAACAGGUUGAGAUUAAGCGAGCCGAGCCACGUGACGGAUCAGGCAAGCUAGGUUCCGGCGGGGGCGGUAUGGGCGGGGGAAUGGGUGGAGCACCCGGAGAUGCUCCCGCCGCCGGCCAGUGGGGGCCUCCGCAGGCCGCGCCCAUGAAUAUGAUACAAGGACAUAAUGGGCAGAUGGGUGGGCCGCCCAUCAACAUGCCGAUGGCUGGACCCAACAUUAUGCAAGGGUACCAGGGCUGGGGCACGUCGCCCGGCCAGACGUCGUACGCGGGCUACGGCGCGGCGGGCGGCGGCGCGGGCCCCGGCAACUACCAGGGCUGGGGCGCGCCGCCCGGCACGGCGCCGCACGCGCCCGCCUGGCCCGCCGGCACCAACUACACGCAGCACGCGCAGCCGCCCGCGCAGGGCUACGGCAGCUACGCGAACUACAACAGCGCGCCGGCGGGGGCGUCGGCGGGCGGCAGCUGGACCAACUGGAAUAUGCCGCAAAACUCUAACUCUACCGGAUCCGCCGGGUCGUACGUGCCGCUGUCGGAGGGCGGCGAGAUGUACGGGCGCGGCGGCGGCGGCGCGGGCGGCGCGGCGCCGGCGCUGGGCGGCGCGCUGUCGUCGGCGGCGCUGUCCAAGUCGUCGUCGGCCGACUACUCCAGCUACCAGCAGUACCCGCCCGCCUACCAGCAGGACCAGGUUCAUUAAUAGAUAUAUAGUAAUAUUUAUGAUAAAGUAUAAUAUUAAGAAGUGUACUUUAAGUGUUCAGAGAUUAAAUUCAAUAUUCUGUAAAAUGUCACUAAAAAGCCAAUGAUUGUGUGUGUAUCAUUGGGAAUAUUUAAAACAGUAGACACCAGCUGUAACAUUGGUGAUUACCACCCAUAAUAUGUGCUAUUGGCUCCCCAUGACUACACACGCUAUAGCCAAGCCUGCAUUGUUCUAAUUCAACUUAGAAAUGGCGUUUCUUAUUCUGCUGUUUUAAAAGUUUUGCAGGCUUGGGCCUAUCAGAUAUUUAGUGCGCAUUAAUGUAUGUACCCCCCGAUUUGUCGUCAUUUAUUUUUCCUUUGUAAGUAACGCUCUCAUUUGACAUUUAAUUUAGUUUGAAUUUAAUGGAUAAAAUCAAGUGGACCACAAAUCGUUUGGUAUAAAACGGUAAUCGUGGAUGCGAGUGGUUUAUUUGGUUUUUGUGUUGACAUUUUUUCUCGUCUUUUCAUAGUCCUUAAGAGCAUUCAGAUAGGCCACUUUGCUGUGACGAUUUAUAUUUAUUUAAAUAUAAUAUACAAAUACAUUAUAAGUAACUAUAUUGCGUAGUGUACUGCGUCUAGUAUAACUUGGCAAUUACAUAAGUUGAUAUUAUAAUACAUAUUUGCUGAAAGAACUUUAAAAUAAUUGCUUCGAACUCCGUUUUUAAAACAUGUUUUUAUUUACACCACUUGUCGAAUAUAAUAUGAUUGAAAUAGGUCUGUUCACGCGACCCGUAGCAUUUCUGCUCUCAUAUUUGAUGAUGAUUAGAUUUGGUCAUGUUUUACAAAAUCUAUAGGUUACUCAAUCCGUUGCAAUCCUUGCUGUGUUCAACAAACAAUUCAGUCUAGUUCUUAAUUUUUAAAUCUCCGGCCUGGCUUUGAACGGGUAGCUUUAAUGUUACAGAAAAUCGGUAAUCGAGAUCUCGAUAAGGUAGAUCUCGGAUUGUGCUAGCAGCACUCGGGAUGGAACGGAUUGAAGGAUGUAGAGCGCCGUCGCGUGAACGUUCCUGUCGCGGUCGGGUUGUACUAGACGUGGGGCACGCGGGGACGGGCGGACAGCAUAGGGGCGAUUGUUAACGUGUGCGGUGGUAGGGCUCGACGUAUGCGGCGGCCGGCCCGCGCUACGCCGGCGACUACCACGCCGCGCACACAGGUGAUGACUAUGAGUACACUGGCGCCUCCGGAGAUGGAUACCAGAAGAGUUCAAAGCGCAGCUACCACGCUUCCU